GGACAGUCUGGCUGGGAUCAUCGGUCUCUGGAUGCGUUUCUGGAGUCGGGUGUGUCUCCUGGGGGUGCUCCAGUGCCCUCCGUCCGGAUGGGGUCGGCUCCCGUGGUUCCUGCUCCGUGCUGUGCUGGCGGCUACUCUGAUGACCCAGGCUGUGGCCUUUAUUCGCACGCUCCCCAACUACCCAAUCAGCUCGAUUCUGUUCAUGGCCAUCCAGGCUUGUCAACACUUCAGCCUCCUCCAAUUCCUCCUCCCGGCUCUGUCUUUCCGCGCCGGAGCGUUCCCUCGCGCUCUCAACAUCAUGGCUCGUACUCAAGCCCUCCCCGUCUUCGCCGAUCUCCGUCUCGAACGCCCCAAAUUCCGUCUGAAGCUGAUCUACAUCAUCGCGGUAAAGACGUUCCUGUUUAUGAUCGUCCUGCACGUGGUGGGCGGCCUGCUGGCGGUGCGUCAUCAGCGGGAGAUUGGUGAUGACGUCAGCCGGUUCAGCCUGUUUCCGCCAGUGGUGAGAGCCGAGAGCGUGGUGGUGCACUCACUGCUGGUGCUGCUGCAGUUCGUCCACCUGGUCUCGGUAUACGGCGCCAACCUUCUCAGCGUCUCCACCGUACACAGCAUCAACGUGUUCCUCUACAGCCACCUGACGCACCUGUCUCGACACGUGUCCAAACUGCUGACCCGGAGACGGGCCGCUUCCGGUGCCGUCUGGAACGCUGCCAACUCCGACCAGGGCGCCAACGUGCGGCCCUGGAACGAACUGCUCGAGGCGCACUCACUGCUCUGGGAUCUGCAGCAUGAACUUCAAAUCAGUUUCAACGAGUGCGGCGUUCUUACCCAUCUGGCCGGCCUGCUUGACAUGUGUCUCACUUCUUACAUCUGUAUCAGGGUGACCUCCCAAUAUGGCAUGGACUGGAUGACUACCCUUGUCUGCUUUGGAUUCAUGCUGCCGUCUGGAAUCUGCAUCCUUUUCGAGUCCAAAUCCGUGGAUAUCGUACGAAAUGCUAACGCGGCCAUUUUCCGGUCCAACUACGGCUCCUCAUGGAGCGACCUGCACCCCCGCGAGCUGGAACUGGCCAACAUCCUGAUGCAGCGCUCCCGCGAGCCUAUGCAGCUCACCGCCAUCGACCUCUUCGAUAUCUCCAUGAGAAACUUCGGCGCGGUGGUGAGCCUCACGGUCACGUAUGUCAUCAUUCUAAUUCAGUUCAACAGCUGAUUGAUCUACCGACGUCCCAGAAAUCUCCGGGAAUCUAACAUCUCCACUUCUCGACUUACUAUUUUUGUAUGCUUGCAUUAAAUUAAUUUGCAAUGUUGUUUUAUAGUAUCGCUUAAUCAGUUAUUUUCUUCUCUUCUUUAGGAAUACUACUUGUCCCUAAACGAAUUUUCCUUCACUUGAGCCUUCUCUUUAUUUUCCAUAAGUUUUAGGUACCUACUCUUGUACUUUUUUUUUGCUCUUUUAACAUUUGUCAGAUUUGUUUCGUUUUUAGAGUUCAUUGGGUCGGUCAAAUGUCAUCUCGUUCCUUGGCCC